AUGGCCCGCAAAGGCGGGAGCUCGACUCAGCGGAUGGCACCGCCACCAGUGACUAACGGCAAUUCGAAUGGCGUUCCGCCCCCUUCGACUAUCGCGGCUCAAAUUGUACACAACGCUUCAAAUGUCAAUGCGCGGCAUGGCCAAGUAACCAAAGUCAGUUUUGGUGAACUAGUAAAGGAGUUUCUUCAACAUCCAAACACCGACGAGCCUGAUCAACAACUCGUAGCGCUCGUGUGCGUCAUCGCGGAAGCGGGUCUUGAGGGACUGUUCAAACAUGAUCCGUUUGCCCAGGACCAGCAGAGGCAGCAAGGCAUUGACAGUAUUGCCGCGCUUACCUUCAUCCUGCAACAGAAGCCACAUCUACUGCUGAGCACCCGGGACAGCGAAGACGACGGUAUACCUCGGCCCCCACUCAUUCUCUGGUUAUAUCCCAAGUUACUGGGCCUGUUGACGUAUACAACACUCAAUUCUGUGCACGACCAUGUACAGCAACUGCUCCAUCUGUGCCUAAGCGUGCUUGCUCGAACAUCUGCCCUCUGGCGCUCAGCUGCAGUAGUCUCACAGCUUUACAGGUCGUGUGUGCAAUCUAUCUUGACAAAAUUGCAAUCCGUGGACGAUCCGGUUUCGGUACCUGCACCGUCUUUCAGUGUUGCCCUGCCAUCAUCAAGCAACAUCAGUGUGUUCUGGCCAGAAAGCCAGCAAAUUAUUGCUUUGCCCCACGAUCUGCAGCGAACCAUCACUUCGCAACUCGGUGCCAUCAACGUUGGUUUCUGUCUGCUUCUGGCGUUGGCGAAUGCUAUCCAGCCUCAAGAGCGGGAAUCUGUGACACCUGGUGCCUUAGAUCAUCAUCUAACCUGGAUCAUAGAUAGUGCUCAAGCUUUAUGGAAAUACUUCAGGCGAUGGACAACAAGCUCGGCGAAGCGUCCUUUCUCUGAUGAGAUUACGCUUGUAUAUUUGCAGCUACUAGAAAUACUUUUUCUUCCUCCAUUGGCGCCUGGAGACCGCACCUGUACUUCGUUGAAGAAUGCGCAGGCACUAAUCACUAGCCUCCGCGAGUUUGUUGAUGGCUUACCAUCAUUGCCGGCAUCAGAGAGCAGUCAAGUGCGGCUGGCCAUCAUCCUCACCCACUUACGCAGUGCACUUAUCUCAUCGCCUGAAAAUAUCCCGAAUAUCCGGCGUCGGCAGGAAGCGAGCAGAACCAUCGUUUUACACGAUGUUGAGGAGAUUAUAGCUAAGGCUUGCCGGGACGUGGAUCAUUUUUCUAAGCUCCAUAAAGACUUACAGCUGGCCCUCUGUCUUUGGACCGCACCAGGCACAUGGCCUAUGUCUGUCGCAGACAUACGUAAAGAGCUCUGUGAGAGUGACACUGGCAAUUUUUCGAACGCUCAACUUGCUGAGGAAUCAACGCGAAUCCUAAAAUCAUUCCGCGUAUUAAACCUAGGAACCGAAGAGAGGCCUACCAAGCGGCGGAAGACAUUACCAGACACUUCUGACAUUAAUCGUACUAUAUAUGAGCGACUCAUGAUGGUAUUGAAUGGCAGUAGUCAGGACUCACCUGUUUUCAACCUGUCUAAUCUUCACAAUAUCAUCGAAACAAGGUACUCAUCCAUCAUGGACGACGAACUACAGAACGAACGUGCACAAGUGGAUAUUAUGACAGCAUUCACAAAGAUUGCAUGUGCUGGGUCCCGUUGUUUAGAACCAUCACAAUCAGCCUCGCAGCCACUGCAGUCACUUGCUUGUUUGUUGUGUGAUGUCAGCUCACGAAAUGGACGAGACGCCGCGAUGCAUUGGAACGAACAGGACGAUGCAGAGAGCUGGAAGGACGCUAUUGCUGCCAUGCUUGCGAUCACGAAAGAGCCAGUGUUCGAGGCGUCAUCUCAAUCCCGGGUGCUUAUGGCUGUGGCCAUUGGCCGUGUCUACAACCAUAUCUCUGACCCUGAGUAUCUGUCUCUCGAGGUAUGUGAGCUAGGACAGUGGCUGCUUGCGUCUAUGAGUAGAUCUUUACGGGAACUGAAACUCGCUGCGACAAGUUCCUUGAUGGUGUUUUUACGAGAUGACAUACACAAAACCGUUCGUGGAAAAAAUCGGCGGUCUUUCGUAGAGUUUCUGGAUGCACUGGCGAAACGCAACAUCUUAUCCGAUCAGGAAACGUUGAUCCUCGCAUAUGGUCGAACCGCAUUGACAUGCGGCGAACUAGAGCUACCCAUAAUAUUACAUCACCUCAUCGAAUACCUAGGCCAUCCAAACGCACUGGUAUGCGGUAUGGCUUACCGCGAACUUGAGUCGAUCGCUAAAGGGUAUUCUAUGGAUACGAUGCAGCUUUUAAGCCCUUAUUGGAAGGUCAUUGGCUUCUCAGUCAUCAAGGACAUCGUCAACCAGCCUCAGAAGGCGCAGCAGCUGGCUGACUUGACUGAGCAAAACGUCCGUCAAUUAUUGGUACAGACCCAAGCGGAUACUCUUCCUCAUCUUGUAUUGAGCAAACGAAGAGACAUCAUUGAGAAGAUCGCCCAGGCACGGAAAGCUUCUGUCAUUGACGUCUUGACGCAUCCAAGAGCCAAUCUUGCGAGGAUACUCGCCUUGCUUUUAUCACAGCCCGUCGCUGAAGUCGAGCAGACAGCGAUGGAGACUCUAGCGGCCAUUGAGCCUGCUAUCCGGGAUAGCAGUAAUAACAAGCUCGAAUCUUGGGUCGCACUAGAUAUAACUGGCGUUGCCAUCGAGAUACUGAAACUAGCGGCGGACCAAGAAAUUGUUAGGAAAAAGCCCUAUUACAAAGGUUUCAGUACCCUUGCAUCGCUCGCACCGGACACGAAAUCAGGUCAGCGGAAAUCUACGUCAAAGACCAAGAACCUGGAUGCAUUCUGCGAGACACAUAUUCUAGGCAUUAUAGCAUAUUUCUCGAAUGUCAUCGAAGCCCCCAACGCCCAGGGAAAGGCAACACCCCAUCCAAUGCCCGAAAGGAAGAGAUGCAUAGCUGCUAUAGGGGAUCUCAUCCACCUUGCGCGAUUUAGCGUGAAUGGAGCGUUGCCACAGAUUCGCGCCUGUCUCCAAUCGGCCAUGGGAGAUCCAGACCUAUGCGACGAUACAUUCACUGUCUGGUCUGCGUUCUUAGCAGCUCUCGAUGGAGACGAGACAAUGCUAGUCGUUGAUCAAACAUUCUCAUUGAUCGUACAACACUGGUCAAUUUUCUCCGAAGAUACGCAGCUCAAGGCUCACAAAGCUAUUGAAGGCAUAAUACAGCAGUAUAAUGCGCAACUUCGAGAUAGAGUGGAAUACCUUCCUUCGUUAGCUGGCAUACCAAUGCUCUCCAAAAUUGAGGGAGAAUUGGUAAAGUUCAAAGAUAUGGUCGAGACCAUCAAGGUCUUCCAUGCCUUCAGCAAUCGAUGCAAAGAUCAGAACUCAGUCGUAGUGAGACAGGCACUGAUAGAGCUUGUGCCAUUUCUAGAUGCCAACCAGCGGGAGCUGCACCAGUCAGUAGUCGGUCAAAAGCCUCUCCCGAUAUUGGCGGCGUUGACGCGGUCUCUCCUUGAUGCCAGCGUACGGUUCUCUGAAGACUAUUCUGAUAUCACCAUCCUUUGUGCUCAAUGCCUUGGUAUCAUCGGCGGUCUUGAUCCAUAUCGAGUGGAAACAGUUCGUGAAAAGAAGCGCGUCUUGAUGCUAUCAAACUUCUCACGGAGAGACGAAGACAUCGAUUUCGUGGCAUUGCUCCUUGAGCAAGUUCUGGUCAAAGUCUUCCUGUCUACCACAAAUGCUAAAGCACAGGGCUGGAUCGCCUAUGCCAUGCAGGAGAUGCUCAAGCAUUGCGGGUUCAGCGCUCUCCGCGGGGCAAAGCCUCGGUCUUCGCAGACUAGCACAGAGGCACAACGCUGGAAUGAUAUUCCAGAGGCUGUCAGAACUGUCUUGACACCCUUCCUGGAUUCCAAAUAUUCCGUCAACAUGAAUCCAUCAAUACAGUACGAGGGUCCGACAUAUCCGAUCUUCAACUCCAAGCUCAGCCAUGGAACCUGGCUCCAGACCUUUGUUUACGACCUGUUGCGAAAAGGGCAAGGUGUCAAUGUUGAGAUGGUCUUCCCUGUUCUGGCUAGAAUCAUCAGGGGCUACGAUUUAUCAAUAGCUACAUUCAUCCUUCCGUUCGCAGCUCUUAACGUUAUCGUAUCUGACAGCGAUGAGAACAAGGCAAAUGUUGGCCGAGAGCUCUUGCAGAAUGUGUUCCAGACACUCGACUACCUGUCACUAUGGCUACAAGAGAAGAAGAAAUCCCUGAUUGACGCAAGAACAAUGGCGGGAAAAACGGGACGUGGUGUGUCCGAGGACGAGGAGAUGAACUCCAUCAAGCAAGUCAGUCGCGUUGAAGGGAUACUCCAGCUUAUCCCCGCAGAGAUUAUAUCCCGACGAGCCGUUGAAUGUGGUUCGUAUUCUCGAGCCUUGUUUCACUGGGAACAAUACUUUCGCCAGCAGCGAGACAAGAAAGCGGCGUCGAAGCAGCCCUUCCCUGAGAAAGACAGUUUGCUGCAACAUCUACAAAUGAUCUAUGCGCAUAUCGACGAGCCGGACAGCAUUGAGGGGAUAUCGGCCCAUCUCAAGGUCCUCAAUCCUGAGCAGCAGAUUAUCGAAGAUCGUAAAGCUGGACGGUGGACAGCAGCUCAGAGCUGGUAUGAGAUUGCACUUUCUGAAAAACCGAACGAUGUCGAGACUCAGAUUAACCUUCUCACCUGCCUAAAAGAGUCCGGUCAAUAUGACUCGAUCCUCAAUUACGUGGACGGUUUCCACGCAACUAACUCGCUUUUGAGUAGUACACUGCCUUUCGCAGCUGAAGCAGCUUGGUCUACUGGUAAAUGGGAACAACUCGAUCGACUUCUUGGUACAGUUAAUGUCGCAGACUCGAAUCUUUUCAUAGAUUUCAACGUUGGACUAGGUCGAGCGUUAUCAGCACUUCGUCACAAGAACCGUAUCGAGUUUCAGGCCAUCAUUGCAAAAUUGCGAGAAGUUCUGGCAAAGAGUAUGUCCCCAUCCACCACAGCUUCUGUACAAGCAUCGCAUGAACACCUUGUGAAAUUGCACGCGCUAUACGAGAUAGAAGCUGUAAGCGGUAUGAGUAAUGGGGUUGCGGCGGACCGUGAGGUUAUCCUUGAGAACUUGGAUCGCCGGUUGGACGUCAUUGGAGCGUACACAUCAGACAAACAGUAUCUUCUGGGACUACGCCGUGCCGCCAUGACAUUGUCUCGCAUCGAAUUCACGAAACUCGACAUCGCUUCGGCAUGGCUUACAACAGGACGGCUAGCUCGUAAAGGAGGCUUCAUGACAACUGCUUUCAAUUCAGUGCUACACGCCGAGCGACUUGGAGAUAACGCAUCUAAGAUCGAAUAUUCGAAGCUUCUUUGGAAAGAAGGUCACCAUCGUAAGGCAAUUCAAAACCUUCGUGGUGCAAUCGACAGCAACGCGUUCCAGCGGGAGGACACUGUGCCCAUCAACAUCUCUGUUACUACAGCCGGUCGAGGCGAAGGGCAUUCCAUGAACAAGGUUAAGUGCCAUGCUCAACUACUGCUCGCUAAAUGGCUAGAUCGCGCAGGUCAGACCCAGUCGAUGUCUCUGAAAGAGGAGUAUGUAAUUGGUGUGCAAACGUAUCCCCGGUGGGAUAAAGGUCAUUACUACCUGGGUCGAUGGUAUCUGAAGCUUCUGGAGUCAGAGAAGCAGCAACCAAUAACAAAACAGAGCUCUGAGUAUCUCUCAGGAAGCCUGGUCAAGCUGGUCGUUGAGAACUUCACUCGCUCUACGGUGUAUGGGACGAAGUACUACUACCAGACUCUACCCAAGAUACUUACGCUAUGGUUGGACAUGGGUAUGGAAGUCACGAACAACACACCCAGAACCACCAAAGAUAAGGAGUUCCAUGGGCAUCGGCUCAACUACCUUGAACACAUCAACAAAUAUGUCGCGCGCUACGCAGCAGAGCGAAUGCCUGCAUUUGCAUGGUAUACCGCUUUCCCGCAGAUCAUCACACGCAUCAGCCAUCCAAACAAGAGCGUUUGGGAGGCUCUCCAGGCGAUUAUCAUCCGAGUCGCUUCAUCGUACCCGCAGCAGGCGCUUUGGGCUCUAUUUGCCGUCCUUCACUCUACACAGGAUGACCGCAGAGCUCGGGGCACUGCCGUUCUGCAGAAACUGCGCGACGCAACAAAGCGCAAGGGAGCUUUCGUCGACCUCAAAACCCUAAUUGGUCAAGGACAGCGACUUACUGAUGCGCUUCUGGCAGCUUGCGAUGCUCCCAUAGAGUCGCGAGUAGCACGCGUGAGUCUUUCAAAGGAGCUGGGAUUCAACCACAAGUUGGCCCCCACGCUUCUGGUGGUGCCUAUUGAGGCCAAUCUGCUUCCCAACCUGCCUGCUGGCAACGACAGCCAGUCCCUCCGUCGUUACAACCCAUUCCCAGCCGACGCCAUCACGAUACAGUCAUUUGAUGAUGAUGUACUGGUCUUGUCGUCUCUACAGCGUCCACGGAAGCUCAACGUACGCGGUUCAGACGGCCGCUCAUACGGCUUACUUUGCAAACCAAAAGACGAUCUACGCAAGGAUCAGCGGCUCAUGGAAUUCAACGCCAUGAUCAAUCGGGCUCUCCAAAAGGACAUCGAGUCGAGCAAACGUCGCCUGUACAUCAAGACGUACGCCGUGACACCUCUCAACGAAGAGUGCGGAGCCAUUGAAUGGGUCGAAGGCCUCAAACCCAUGCGCGACAUCAUCCUUCGUUUCUAUCGCCAACGCAACAUUGCAAUCGACUAUGCAGAGAUUCGUCUACUGUUAAACGAAGCCUGCUCAUCACCCUCCAAAGUCACCAUCUUCACUGAACGCAUCCUCGGUAAGUUCGUGCCUGUGUUACAUGAAUGGUUCGUAGAGACGUUUCCAGAGCCAGAAGCGUGGUUCGCAGCGCGGCUUCGGUACACACGGUCUUGCGCGGUAAUGAGCAUUGUUGGGCACGUACUAGGUCUAGGAGAUAGGCACGGUGAGAACGUUCUCCUAGAGCAAGGCGACGGUGGCACCUUCCACGUAGACUUCAACUGCCUCUUCGACAAGGGUCUCACGUUUGAGAAACCUGAACUCGUGCCCUUCCGCCUGACACACAACAUGGUCGAUGCCAUGGGUCCCCAGGGCGUUGAAGGUCCGUUCCGCAAGGCCGCUGAGCUCACGUAUAAGCUGCUUCGACAGCACGAAGACACGCUCAUCACUAUUCUGGAGACAUUUGUGCAUGAUCCCACGGCGGAUUUUCUGGGUGGUAAACGGAGGAAGAAGAUUGUAGGUGUACCGGAUACGCCGCAGGAGGUCCUUGAUGUCACGCGCACAAAAGUGAACGGGUACUUGAAGGGGGAGAGUGUACCGUUGAGUGUAGAGGGGUACGUCGAGGCACUCAUUGCUAUGGCGAGGGACCCGCACAACUUGGCAGCCAUGUACAUUGGGUGGUGUGCUUUCUUCUAG